UAAGACAUUAAUGAAGUGUAAUAUCAUGUCGACGAGAACAGUUCAUCUGGACAGACUGUGAUUGUGUGUUUGUGAUGAGUCCGUUCAGCUGCUGUCCAUGGUGCUGAAUAUCUGAAGGACUCUCCUCUUCCAGCAGAGGAAGUGGGCGUCUCUGUCACAUUUAGCAGAAGAUGAAAGAAACACUCAGAGCUCAUCUGAACACACAUCGAGAGCUUCAGAAGAACUGAAUCUACUAACAACAGAGAAGAUCAUUGAAUAAGAGAAGAAUGAAGAUCAUCUGGACUUUCACUCUGCUGAUGAUUCCUGGUGUUGUGAGCUCCAUCAGUGUGACAGGAUAUUCAGGAGGUGAAGUCAACAUCACAUGCAAAUAUAAUAAAGAAUAUACAGCAAAUGCAAAGUAUUUUUGUAGAGGAAAGAAGCCAGACAAAGUAAAAAAUUAUUUGUGGUGUUCUGAACUCAUCAAGACUUAUGAGAAAGAUAAAUGGGUUCAUUCUGGAAGAUUCUCUCUGUAUGACGACACAAGAGCAAUAGUUUUCACUGUGACCAUGAGAAAUCUGAGUGAACGUGAUUCUGGGACGUACCAGUGUGGAGUUGACAGAACUACAAAAAAAGAUUCCUACGCUGAAGUGAAGCUGAACGUUAUAACAGAGAGAAAUGAACACCAAACAACAUCAGCUGAAUCUCCACUGAUCACAUCUUCAUCUCCUGUAACAGGCUCUUCUCUGAUCAUCAGUGUGUCUGUGCUUCUGCUUCUGAUCAUCACUGUGAUUCUGUUAGUGAUCGUGACUCUCUGGAGGAGGCGUCAAUCCCACACAGUAAAACUCUUGCUCCUUUAUACACUUACACACUUUUACCUUCUUUAAAUAACAUUUUCUAUUUUUGUACAUUGCUCAAACUGACAUAUUAUUAGUCAUAGUGAUGUUUUUAGAGUGCUUCUUUACCUGCAAGUAAAGAUGAGCAAAAAUGACUGUGAUUGCAAAAAGAUGUUUGUCUGAUACAGUUCAGAAAGCCAGUCGUGACUCUCAGAACUUCAUCACAUCCGCUGAGGAUCUGAUGUACUCCGUGGUGAAUUUCCAGAAGAAAGUGGACUGUCCUGACAGUGUCAGUUUGAGGAAUAAUCAGGAUUACAGUGAAUACACUGCGGUCAGUUAUCUCACUUACUGAUGAGCCACAGCAGAGAAUGUGUGUUAUAAACCGAUGCAUUUAAAAAUGUGGAUCAUUCACAAUGAGUCCAAAACUAAAACAUUGAGCACAAAAUGAGACAAGUGCUGUGUAAACAUAAUAUUUUGCAUAUGCAGACUGAUAUGCAGAGUGUGAGUGUAAUGCAGACUGACAUUAGCAGAUGAUUUUUUUCUAAAGCUGCUUUGGAUCAGAAAUAAUU